GAGGUCAUUUCAAUUUGGUUUGGUUCGUAAAACCUCCGUGUUCCCAAAAAUGUCUCAGUCUGCAUGGACUGUACAACGACUACUAUGUUUCUACUCAUGAAAAUGCUUGUUGUGGAUCCUCUCAGGUGCUUUUAUUAUUUUCUAGUAAAAACCAAUGAUUGGCGACAAAGUAAGGGAUCUGACGCUUUUUUAACAGAAAACGUUAAGUAAAAACCGAGAUUUUUCCACAUUUUGAAGACAAUAGAACUAUACAGACCAGAAGUAGUCUAAUGGAAACAAAGCUUUUAUUGAACGUAAAUGAAAAAAAUUUUGAUGCGUAGUAUUAUUAAAAUAGAUUUCUCGCGUGCACCUUCACUGAUAGUAAAAUGCGUGUACCUUGGCCCAUCUAACAUUUUCUUCAACAGCUUGAUAUUGAAAAAGUCAAUAUUACGGCUGUCAAUUUUUGUUGAUUUAUGUUUAAAGUUUUUAUUUGCUUGACGCCUUUUAUAAACACGGGUGUCACCGAGUUACUUUUCGAUAAUCUUUUUGACGUUAAACGUAGGUUUAAGUGACCUUAGUCUCGCUAUCUUCUAGGAUCCAAACUUUGCUUGUGGCGUCUAUAUUAAUAUAUUGCUCGCGACACAACGCAGAUCCCCCAAAACAUCAACAAGAAUGCAGGUUGCUUCUUACUCCGUCAUUGUUCUAGCGGCGUUGUUCGCUUCUUCUCUGGCCGCAAGGACAUGCUCACAAGAAGGAUAUGACUUAAUUAAGGGCUUCGAAGGCCUUAGUCUAGUUGCUUACCAGGAUGUUGGUGGUGUUUGGACCAUUGGUUAUGGCAAUACGAUGUAUCAGGAUGGUAGCCCUGUUCGCCAAGGAGACACUAUUACUCAGCAAGGUGCUGAUGACCUUUUCGAAUUUUGGGUCGAUGAGUCGUUUGCACCAGAGGUAGACCGAUUGGUUGGGACUUCAGUGGUCAUUAGGCAAGUUCAGUUCGAUGCCCUGGUUUCCUUCACCUACAACAUCGGGGUAAGUGCUUUCGCCGAUUCGACUCUGUUGAGAAAACUGCGAGUUUUCCCGGACGAUCCAACCAUCCGUGACGAAUUCAUGAGAUGGGUCUAUGUCAACGGAGAGGUCGUUCAAGGACUCGUUAACCGUCGUGAUGCUGAAGCUGAUUUCUACUUUUCAAAAGUUGAAAGUAUGUGUUAAUGCAUAUAUCUGCGCUAAGAAUGUUUAAAAUACCUGUAUCUAACCAAAAUACUAUAAUAAAUUUGAUCUACCUUUUGUUUCAUGACAUAUGCAAUUAUGCAUAGUUGGUGUUGGGAAAAUACACAUUCAUGCAGGAUUUUAAAAAUGAA